GAACCAAAAUCAUGUGCAGACCUUUUUUAGCCAACACGAGGGAGAGAAAAAGGUCCAAAAAGUUGUUUUUUUCCCAAUUCAUAUAAGAUGAAAGGUGACUGGAAGGUUGCCGAUUGUUAUAAUCGAUUUUGCGGUUCAUAAUCAUAGCUGCUUCUUCAUCAUCUUCACCCAAAUGAAAAGCAAAAUCUAAGAAAAAGAGUAGACUGACGGCUUGGAAUUUGCGAAGAGUCUUUUCAUUUCCUCUGUCUUGUUUGUAUGCUUGUCUUUUACUUCAAUUAUGAUAAAAGAGAGCAUAAUUUAUUAUUAUCAGUUUCAUAUUUCUUCUUAAUUUCACGUGGCUAAGGUCAGAUUCAUUCUGGGGAUUGAUUACCUCAUAAAUUUUAAAAUAUCUUCCUUCCAUUGGGAACUUGGAAGUUCUAUCAAUCGAGUGAAAAAUCUCACUUUCGUUCUCUCUCUCUCUCUCGAAUCAAUCAAUUGUGUUGAAUUGGGAAUGCUUGUAGUGAUACCAGUGAUUCUUUUCUCCUUCUAGCAAUAAUGGGUUCCAUUCGUUUUCCACAUUGCUUUCGUACUUCUAACAGAUUCCCACUCCCCUUUUCUUUGAAUUGCCACGGUCGUCACCAGCUGCAAUGCCGGAAAAACCCUUUUCGUUUGACUGUUUAUUCCCAAUCUGGGUUUCUCUCUUCUUUUUGUAAUCAUAACAGACGGAUUGUUUGUGGGGUUUCCUCUGCUUCUCAAGAAACUAUCAGGGAAGAUGAGGAGCAAAAGAUGACCGGGAAACUGGGAAGUGGCGGGAAAGUCCUUCUGAAACUGAGGUUGGCUCACCAAGUUGAAUUUGGGGAGUCUGUUGUAAUACUAGGGUCGUCUGAAGAAUUGGGCUCAUGGAAGAAUUAUACUCUUCUGAAUUGGAGCAAGGAUGGGUGGGUUUGUGAUUUAGAGCACAGGGGGGAUGAACGAGUGGAGUUCAAGUUCGUUAUUUUGGGGAAGGAUGGGAGUGUAUCAUGGGAAUCUGGUGAUAACCGGGUUCUCCAGUUGCCUAAGGUAGGGAAAUUUAGCUUAGCUUAUCAAUGGAAUAAAACUGGGGAGGUUGUGGAAAUGUUGCCCCUGAAAUUAGAGGAGAUUAAUGGAGAUGGAACGUUGCCUUUGGAUGCAAAAGCCAUUGAAGAAAGAAAUGAAACGUUGCCAUUGGAUGCAGAAGGGGUCGACAAAGGAGUUGGAGCGUUGCUUUUUGAUGUGAAUGAGAUUAACGAAGGAGAUGAAAAGGACAAGGAUGUUGAAGAUGGCAAUGGAUCUUUGGUUGAUGAGGCCAGUCCUUUUGUUGGGCAGUGGAAAGGGAAGGAAAUCUCAUUUAUGAGGUCUAAUGAACAUCACAGCCGAGAAUCUGAGCGGGUUUGGAACACUUCUGAUCUUAAGGGGUUGGCUCUACAGUUGGUAGAAGGAGAUAAAAAUGCCAGGAAUUGGCGAAGAAAGCUUGAUGUUGUGCGUGAAUUAUUAGUUGAAAAUGUGCAUGCUGAGAAUUGCCUGGAGUCAUUGAUAUAUUCUGCUAUCUACCUCAAGUGGAUAAAUACAGGUCAAAUCCCUUGUUUUGAGGAUGGAGGUCAUCACAGGCCAAAUAGGCAUGCCGAAAUCUCUAGGAUUAUAUUUCGUGAAUUAGAACGAUUAUCCUCCAAGAAAGAUAUUUCUCCUCAGGUAGCCCUCAUUGUCAGAAAAAUUCAUCCAUGUUUGCCAUCUUUUAAGUCAGAAUUUACUGCAUCUGUUCCAUUAACACGUAUACGCGAUAUUGCUCAUCGGAAUGAUAUCCCUCAUGACCUCAAGCAAGAAAUCAAACAUACAAUUCAAAACAAGCUUCAUCGCAAUGCCGGUCCGGAGGACUUAAUUGCCACAGAAGCAAUGCUUACGAGGAUAACCAAAAACCCUGGAGAAUAUAGUGAAGCAUUUGUAGAGCAGUUCAAAAUAUUCUACCAAGAGUUAAAAGAUUUCUUCAAUGCUGGGAGCCUUGCAGAACAACUUGAAUCAAUCAAGGAGUCUGUUGAUGGACAUGGCUUGUCGGCUCUUGCCCACUUCCUGGAGUGCAAAAAGAACUUGGAUGCUGCAGACGAGUUGGGCAGUUCUUUUCAAAACCAAGGCACUGACCUGGUUUUCAAAACCAUUCAAUCCUUGAAUGCUUUGAGAGAAAUACUCGUAAGAGGUCUUGAAAGUGGCUUACGAAAUGAUGCUUCAGAUACUGCAAUAGCCAUGCGACAAAAGUGGCGUCUUUGUGAGAUUGGACUUGAGGACUACUUAUUUGUUCUUCUUAGCAGAUUCCUAAAUGUGCUGGAGGCAACAAGCGGUGCUGAUUGGCUGGCAGAAAAUGUGAAGUCAAAGAAUGUAAGCUCUUGGAAUGAUCCACUGGAUGCCCUAAUUUCUGGUACUCAUCAGCUGGGUUUAUCUGGUUGGAAGCCAGAAGAAUGUGUGGCUAUUGUAAAUGAGAUUGGUGCUUGGAAGGAGAAAGGUCUCGCUGAAAGGGAAGGAAAUGAAGAUGGCCAAAAAAUUUGGGGAUUGAGGCUUAAGGCUACUCUUGAUAGAACAAGGAGGCUGACCGAAGAAUAUUCCGAAGCACUUCUUCAAAUAUUCCCUGAGAAAGUUCAGAUGCUUGGAAAAGCAUUUGGGAUCCCUGAGAACAAUGUGAGAACAUAUGCUGAAGCUGAAAUUCGUGCUAGUGUAAUUUUUCAGGUAUCAAAGCUAUGCACUAUUCUUCUGAAAGCAGUCAGAAGUUCACUUGGAUCACAGGGCUGGGAUGUUCUUGUGCCUGGAUCUGUUGAAGGAACAUUUGUUCAGGUUGAGAGGAUUGUUCCAGGGUCUCUUCCAACAUCCAUAGAGGGCCCUGUUAUUCUAAUGGUUAACAAAGCUGAUGGCGAUGAAGAGAUAACAGCUGCUGGAAGCAACAUAACAGGAGUUGUGCUACUACAGGAACUACCUCAUUUAUCUCAUCUUGGUGUAAGGGCUCGUCAAGAAAAAGUUGUAUUUGUGACGUGUGAAGAUGAGGAGAGAAUUUCUGUUCAGCAGAAACUUCUUGGAAAAUUUGUGAGGAUGGAAGCAUCGGCAACUGGCGUUCAUAUAUGUCCUCCAUCAGAUUCUAGCACCAAUAAUUUUCCUAUUGGCACUGAUAAAUUUCCUGCCAGGACUGCUCCAGAUGAAUAUGUGUUUACUUUUGGAAAGUCCAGUAUGGAAGAUCCCUCAUUACCUCCCUCGGGAGCUCCCUACUCGAAACAGGAAAUUUCUUCUGGAGUAGUACCGCUUGCUGAUGCAGGUGCUCAAAUUGCGGGAGCAAAAGCUGCAGCUUGUGGUCGUUUGGCUUCUUUGGCUGCCAUCUCUGAGAAAAGUUUUACAAAUCUAAAGAUUCCAGCUGCGUUUCGAGUCCCUGCAGGGGCAGUGAUUCCAUUUGGUUCUAUGGAAUCGGCACUCACUCAAAGUAAUUCCAUGAAAACGUUCAAAUCUAUUUUGGAACAAAUAGAAACAGCAAAAGUAGGAGUGGAACUAGAUGAACUCUGCAAACAACUACAGGAGUUGGUGUCCUCCCUGCAAUUGUCACAAGACAUGAUAGAUAGUGUGGGGAGAAUAUUUCCUGAAGAUGCACGCUUAAUCGUCCGGUCUAGUGCCAAUGUCGAGGAUUUGGCUGGCAUGUCAGCUGCUGGACUUUAUGAUUCAAUUCCAAAUGUAAGUUUGAGAAAUAAAACUGUCUUUAGCAAUGCUGUUAGCAAAGUAUGGGCAUCAUUGUACACUCGAAGAGCAGUUCUAAGUAGACGAGCUGCUGGGGUACCUCAGAAAGAUGCUCUAAUGGCAGUGCUGGUGCAAGAAAUGCUUUCUCCCGACUUAUCAUUUGUUCUACACACAUACAGCCCAACCGACCAAAACGACAAGUCCGUUGAGGCUGAGAUUGCCUGUGGACUUGGCGAAACUCUGGCUUCUGGAACCCGCGGCACACCCUGGCGUCUUUCAUCUGGGAAGUUUGAUGGUCAAGUACAAACACUGGCCUUUGCAAACUUCAGUGAAGAACUAAGAGUUCUUUCUACUGGCCCCGCUGAUGGAGAAAUGGCACGUUUUACUGUAGAUUACAGUAAAAAACCACUGUCCAUUGAACCUAAAUUUCGUGAACAGCUAGGUCAACGUCUUUGUGCUGUUGGCUAUUUCUUGGAAUGCAAGUUUGGCUGUCCACAGGAUGUCGAAGGCUGCACCGUGGGUGAUGACAUUUAUAUAGUCCAAGCACGCCCGCAACCAUUGUAAAACAUAGGGUCUUUUCAAUGACCUGCUGCUUGGAUUUAGAAAGAUGUGAUGAUGAAGUUUAAUAAACUACCUGCUCUGUUGUUAUUCUACCAUCUCAAGUACACUAAGUCCCAAAAUAAAACAACAUUGUCUGAAGUUCAUUAGAUAUAAAGAGGAAGCUGUGUAAUUAACUGCUGUUGUGUUACAGUUUAUUAGUAAAGCCAUAGAUUAAUCUAAUACGUUUUGUAUCAAACUUAAUUCAUCAUUGGGCAAUGCUACUAUCUUGGUAGAUUAUUAUAGCCUAUAGGUGGGUCUGAUGUAGUGAUGACAUGUUUCUAAUAUUAUUUUCUUGUAAUUUAUUCAAUAAACUAUUGCUUUUUCAACAGGUCAAUUGCCAUUUCAAGACUUGA